AUGAGGGACCCUCAGGUGAAAUUUACCAAGGUAAUCCAAGCGCCUGGAUGUCGCUUAGUCAGUGUAUCUUUCACAACUUUCAAUAUUUAUGAAAGGACGGAGCAUUACGUUGAUCCAUCAACCAUCGUCAACAUUUGUUGGUACGAUGGAUUAGAGAUUCGCAAAGACGACAUGACUCAUGAUGAUGUAAAUCGUCAAAAGGUGUGGCUGGCAAUUCUUGAAUGGGAGCAAUCUACUUGCAUCAACUUCACUGAAGUAUCGACAAGCUACAGUGGUCCCCACCUAAAGUUCCAAAGACACGCCAAUGACUGUAGCUCUUAUGUCGGACAAAUUUCCACAUCUGGUCAAUAUGUUUAUCUCACCAGUGAAUGCGAGAAUGAGCAUGGUGAACUCCUGCAUGUGUUAGGUUACGCCAUCGGAUUUUGGCCAGAGGAAACUCGAUCAGACCGCCAUUCCUACGUGGAGAUUAAUGAUGGAAAUGUGUUACCAGUAGUGUCUGAUAAUUUCCCCAUCAACUCUGACAAUAACUACAGCAUACCGUAUGAUUAUUGUUCCAUAAUGCAUCACCAUGAGAGAGCAUUCACCAGUAACGGCGAAAUAACAAUAGCCACGUUGGACCCGUUAUACCAAGGCGCACUGGGUCAAAGGAUACAAAUUUCACACAUGGAUAAACUGUUAGCUAAUACUAUGUACCAGUGUUCAAGCAAGGUGCUGACUCAGUGUUCACUGAGUAGUGAUCCCUGUCAGAAUUACGGUUAUCUUGACACAACGUGUGCCUGCAGUUGCCCUGAUGGCACCAGUGGCACCACUUGCGAAACUGUUACUACAGCCUAUAAAGAAUCAUGCCUACCAUCUUAUUCGGAGACAAUUACAGCACCAACGUCCAUCACUUCACCCAGUUCAACAGCAUCACCUGUAGAGGUGAAAUUUACCAAGGUAAUCCAAGCGCCUGGAUGUCGCUUAGUCAGUGUAUCUUUCACGUCUUUCAAUAUUUAUGAAAGGACGGAGCAUUACGUUGAUCCAUCAACCAUCGUCAACAUUUGUUGGUACGAUGGAUUAGAGAUUCGCAAAGACGACAUGACUGAUGGUGAUUGGUACUGCGGCACCGAUCUAGACGGACAGACAGUCACUUCCACAACGAAUGAAAUGAUACUUUACUUCAAAAGUGAUCGAAACUUCAUGCCGGGAUGGACGGCUGACAUCGAUUUCGUACAGGAUCCUGCUUGCUUAACGUUAUCAAGCAUUAGUGAUUGUAUAUGCAUGCCGUCAAGCAGUACUUCCACUACAACAAGCACUUCUACAUCUACAUCGACAAGUACUUCCACUUCAACAAUACUUCUACAUCAACCAGCACUUCUACAUCUACUUCCACUUCAACGAGCACAUCCACUUCAACAAUACUUCCACAAGAAGUACCUCCACGUCAACAAUAACUUCCACACUGUCGAGUACCUCCACUUCAACUUACUUCUACAUCAACGAGCACUUCUAUAUCUACUUCCACUUCAACAACACUUCUACUUCUACUUCCACUUCAACGAGCACAUCCACAACAACAAGUACUUCCACAAGAAGUACCUCCACGUCAACAUUAACUUCCACACUGUCGAGUACCUCCACUUCAACUGUUACUUCAGAAUGUAUAUGUAUCUUGUCAACUACAUCUACAAUUUCAACUUCAACAAUACUUCUACAACUCAUUCAACAAGUCACUUCAACAGCACUUCUCAUCAACAAGCACUUCUACAUCAACAAGCACUUCUAAUCAACACUCUACUUACACUCAAGACUUCACACAAAAGCACUUCUACAUCAACAAGUACUACUCUACAACUUCACACAACACUUCUACAUCAACAUCAACUUCUACAUCAAUCAACGUACUUCACAUCACAGUCAACACUUCUCAUCUCCACUUCAACUUUACACAAGUACUUCUACAUCAACAAGCAUCACACUCACAAGUCACUUCUACAUCUACUUCUACUUCAACAAGUUACUUUCCACUUCAACAAGUACCUACUUCCACUUCAACAAUCAACAAGUACUUCUACAUCUACAUCUACUUCCACUUCAACAACUACAUCUACAUCAACAAGCACUUCUACUUCUACUUCUUCUACUUCCACUUCAACAAGUACUUCUACAUCAACAAGCACUUCUACAUCUACAUCAACAAGCACUUCUACAUCUACAAGCACUUCAACAUCAACAAGUACCUCCACAUCUACAUCAACAAGCACAUCUACGUCAACUUCCACUUCAACAAGCACUUCAACAUCAACAAGUACCUCCACAUCUACAUCAACAAGCACGUCUACGUCAACUUCCACUUCAACAAGCACUUCAACAUCAACAAGUACCUCCACAUCUACUUCGACAAGUACCUCUACGUCAACAUCGACUACGACUUCCCCGAGUACCUGCAACGUCACUUAUGCUGGUGACCUCACUUAUUUUAUUUCCCCGAACUUCCCCAGUGUUUACACUGACAACGCCAUAUGCACGGUUGGACCAUUAAAUGAUACUGCAGUUGCUAGAUUGACACUCACUGUAACAACUUUUGACCUCGGUACAGGCGAUAAUGUAGUUAUUGAGAACCCUUACACCUCUCCAUUAACAUUGAGUGGAUCGAUAACUGCAAGUACAACAUACGUAAUCCCGAGCCUGUAUUUUCUAGCAACAUUCACAUCUGAUGGCUCAAUAGCAACUACUGGUUUUUCCCUCACAUUCCAAAAACAAUUAUCCAGAUGUGACCGGUCCCACCUGGCUAGUAGUGCAAAAAAAGGGAGCGCUUGCAAAAGCUUCCCUCCCGUUCCCCAGCCUCCCGUCAUCGAGAUUCGCAGUGUCUCUCGGGCCCAUGGAAAUGGGCCCUUUGGGUCCCGGUAA